AUGCGUUCUUCUCUCGUUAUGCUCGCCGGUCUGGCGGGCGCGGCUCUCGCCUACCCUACCGAUAAGGCCGUGGAGCCCCGUACCCUGGGUCUCCUCGGUGAGCUCCUCGGAGACAUCACUGUCGACGUGACCUCUAUCCUCGGUGCCGUCCUCGACCACUCCCACUCCUCCGUUGAACUUCUUGCUGGUCUGAGCGCUGAAGGUGCUGCUGCUCUCUCGGGUGGUGCUCUUGGCUGCAAGUCUGGUGUCAUCCACCACAAGGCUAAGGCCGCCCUCAAGCUUUGGUUGCUCUUCCACGCCGACCUUGACGUCUCCCUCAAGAAGUCACUGAUCUCCUGGUGUGAGGGUAACGACGAGCUCGUUCUCUCCGCAGACGUCCUGGCUGCUUUGUCUGUGUAUAUCCCCGGAUGUGCCGAUAUCGCUGCCCAGGGCCAGCUUUACGUGACCAUUGACGGUAUCUUUGAGGCUGCCAGCCUCGAGUCCGCUCUUGUCCUGAGUGCUGGUGCUCAGGCUUCCCUUUCUGCUUGGAUUGAGGCUAGGCUUGAUCUUGAUGCCGGUGUCAAGGUCGGUCUGAAUGUCUGCGCCGCUGGUGGUGUUGUCGGCAGUCUGUCGGCUGACAUCAAGGCUACCCUCCUCGCCUGGAUCAACAGCAAGGAGUGCGACCUCAGCGCUCACCUCAAGGUCUCGGUUCUUGCCUGGAUCAAUGGUCACGCUGGUGGUGACCUUGUUGAGAUUGGUGCUCUUACUGAGACUGCUCUCUCUACCAUCUCCGUUGGUGCUUCCGUCGGUGUGCACGUUCUGGAGUCCGGCCUUCUGUCUAUUGGCGGCCAGGCCUCUCUCGCCGCCUUCCUGGGCGUCGAUCUCGCUGCUGAUCUCGCUGCCGAUGUCAAGCUCGGUCUCCAGGCAUGCGCCAAGGGUGAGCUCGCCACCGCCGUCGAACUUGACAUCCGCACCCAGCUCGCCAUCUGGCUCCACAGCUCUGACUGCUCUCUGGGCGUCGAGCUGAAGGCUGUCGUCCUUCUUUGGCUGUCCUUCGCUGUCGAGGCCGAUGUCUCCGUUUCCCUCGACCUGGUCGGUGGCCUCGUCGGCGAUGUCACCGGUCUCCUAACCGAGACCGUCACCGAUCUCAGCGUUGACCUUCGUGGCGCCCUUUCCCUUUGCGCUGCCGGCGGUAGCUUGCUUGAUCUGACCUUCGCUGCCCGUGCUGAGCUCGCUGCCUUCCUCAGUGGCUGCACUUCCAUUGAUAUCGAUGUCACCAUCCAGAUCAUCAUCAUCGAGUGGUUCACCGGCUGCAGCAUCCCCGGUGCUCCCUCCGCCCCCGCCUCGUCUUCCGUUCCCAGCCUGCCCUCCAGCACCCCCUACCUGCCCAGCACCUCCGCUGUGCCUUCCGGUCCCGGUGCCUCCGUUUCCGUCUCUGUUCCUGCCGGCACCCCGGUCUCCAGCGGCCCUGCUGCCAGCACCACCCCCUGUGAUACCGAGACCUCGCAGAUUGUCAGCUCUACUGUCAUCCCCGGCCCCAACGGCUCCGGCUCGAUCACUGUCACCGCCCCUGCUGUUCCCACCGGUACCACCAUCCCCAGCGGCCCUGUUCCCUCCGGCCCUGCCUCUUCUGGACCAGUUCCCUCUGGCCCUGGUGCCAGCACUACCCCUUGUGACACCGAGACCUCGGAGAUUGUCAGCUCAACUGUGAUCCCCGGUGGCCCCAACGAGUCCGGCUCCCAGACCGUUACCAUCCCUGCCGUGCCCACCGGCACCGCCCCUGCUGAGACCCCCUCCGGCGUCGCUCCCACUGGCACCCCUGGCGUUACUGGGCCCGCUCCCUCUGGCCCUGCUGCCAGCACCACCCCUUGUGAUACGGAGACCUCGGAGAUUGUCAGCUCUACUGUGAUCCCCGGUGGUCCCAACGAGUCCGGCUCCCAGACCGUUACCGUCCCUGCCGUGCCUACUGGCACCGCCCCUGCUGAGACCCCCUCCGGCGUCGCUCCUACCGGUACUCCUGUCGCGUCUGGGCCCGCUCCCUCUGGUCCUGCCCCCAGCGGCCCCGCUGCCAGCUCCACCCCUUGUGACACCGAGACCUCGGAGAUUGUCAGCUCUACUGUGAUCCCCGGUGGUCCCAACGAGUCCGGCUCCCAGACCGUUACCGUCCCUGCCGUGCCCACCGGCACCGCCCCUGCUGAGACCCCCUCCGGUGUCGCUCCCACCGGCACUCCUGGCGUUACCGGGCCCGCUCCCUCUGGCCCUGCUGCCUCUACUCCCUGCGACACUGAGACCUCCGCGAUCGUCACCUCAACCGUGAUUCCCGGUGGCCCUGCUCCCUCCGGCCCAGCUGGCACCACCGACGUGCCCGUUCCCUCCGGCCCAGCUGCCUCAACCCCCUGCGACACUGAGACCUCCGCGAUCGUCACCUCGACUGUCAUCCCCGGUGGCCCUGCUCCCUCUGGCCCUGCCCCUACUAGCGCUCCUAGCCUCCCCUCCGGCGGUAGCGAUGUUGUCACCGUCACCAAGACUGUGACUGCCACCGUCUGCGGCUGCGAGUAA